AUGGCUCGCCGGGCCCCACACGGCAAGGAUGGAAAGGAGGAGAGCGUGGUCGACUGGAUGAGAUUGCUCUGGCCCAUCUUGCCCGAAGUUGGCGAGCCGGGCAAGGACUUCGGGUCCACGGCCGAAGAGGACGGCGAGGUUCGGGCGCGGCCCCGGCGGCGACGGAGUCCCAGUGCCCUGGCCUAUGUUGCGGCCUUCGGGACCGUCCUGGGCCACCUGUGCAUGAUUCUGGCGAUCACUUGGAUGAGCUUCAAGUUCAGCGAGCAGCACGCCAAAAUCGAGGAUCCCCUGCGGCAGCUUCGAUACUACCUGACUCUGCUGUUGCUUCCAAUCGUGCUGUACACCACCGGCAAGAACUGGCAUGCUGGGACGCAUUUCCCAAUGACUGCGUCCACCAGCUUUCAGGUGCUGAGAAAUCGAGCCGUGGAGCCUGCAGCUUCUGAGCUCACCGGGGGCGAUGUCUACUGCAUGCUGGCCAAUGGAGUCUUCUUCUGUUACUUGUUCCUCUGGAACCUGGCGCUUCUGCUGCAACGGCACCGUGAUAGGGACGUCUUCGAUCCGUCGGCCCACCUGCUGGUGCCGCUCUGCGUGGGCAGCGCUCUGCUGAGAGCGAAGCCCACGCUGCUUUGCUUCCUGUUCUUCGGGAUGGUCUGCCUGCUUUUCGGCUGCCUCCUGCUCCUGUCCGGGCUCCUGGCGAGCAUCGCCCUGCUGGUUUGGAUCGGCGUGGGCUUCGAGGGGCCGCGCAGCAAGAUCAGCCUGUCCCUGGAUCUGGGAUCAGCUUACGAGGUACUAGGUGUGGCAGAUCAAAGGGGAGCCCAUCCACAAGUGUUCCUCUGGGGUGCCACAGAUGUCAACACCGGACCGACUUCGGUGACGAAGGCCCGGCACUGCCGCAUCGACGUGGUCCAGUACCUCAGCAGCCACAUGGAGGUCUUGGACGUGAUGCCCGUGCCGAAGCUGGAACCCGGGGAGGCUCAGCUGUCACCUCUGAAGAAGGGCGCGGGUAGCAUCGCAACAGUUUCAAAGCUUCAACAAAGCUCGGAAGACGACCGUCAUGCUUCCUUGUGGGCUAUGGCCUGCAGCAUGUCCCGGUGCUGUUGGGCAAGUAAAGGCACCGACUGGGAAGGAGGAGGCCACUCGCUGCAGUGGAUCCAGCGCCACGCCAAGGACCGCUGGGUGCAACGCGCCCAUGAGCAGAUGUACAGGUCCCGGGCCGCUUUCAAGCUGAAGCAGCUCGAUGAGAAGUACAAGCUCUUCAACAGGAGCUCCGUGGUGUUGGAUCUGGGAUGCUACGCCGGUGGUUGGUCGCAGGUCGCCGUGCAGCGCACUGCAGGGCGAGAGGCGCUCGUGGUCGGCGUGGACAAAGUUCUCAUGGAGCCUCUGGAGGGCCACUACUUCGUUCAGGGAGACAUUGAAGACGUGGCCACCGUGAGGCAGGUGGAGGAGCUCUUGGCCGGGCGGCAGGCCACGGUGGUGCUCUCGGAUCUGGCCCCAAAGAUGAUCGGCAGUGCCAUUGACGACCACGUGGCCUCGGUGGAGCUCAGCAAAAAAGCCCUGCGCUGGGCCUUGAAGUUUUUGCGGGCCGAGGGCUGCCUUGUGCUGAAGGUCUUCCAAGGGGGGGCCCUGCAAAACUUCAAAGCAGAGCUCCUGGAGCACUUUGCAAAGGUGAGGACCGCCAAGCCGAAGGCCUCGAGGAGUGAAAGCGUGGAAGUCUACUUGGUGUGCCAGAGCUUCUUAGGUCCGAGCAGGCGUUCGAGGAGGGACCAGUUGAGCUCUGACCUGGGCGCUCCUGGAGCCUCUCUGCGAGCCGAGGGCGGUGCUCUCCGGAGCACUGUGGACUGUGGAGCCUCUGUCAUCCCAAACGAGGACCAUCCCUCAGACCACUUCCCCGUCUUCGUCACCUUCACCCUCAAGGACAGCUACGAGAAGCACCGCGACUGCGCCAGGGCUUGGUUGGAGUGCGUGGCGGGCCGGGAGAAGGUCCAUCCACUCACGGACGAGGAGCUCCGUGAUGCUUUCGAGUUCUUCGACCGCGACCGGCAAGAGUGCAUACAUCGCCGGGACUUGGAAGAAGCUUGUCUGGACCUUCGCUGUAACUUCAGCGUGGAUGUGCCGAAGUUGCUGGUCGACUGCUUUCCGAACAAGCAGAUUUCUUUCCAGAACUUCCUGCGUGCCUACGAGGCAAGCCUUGGCUCGGACCGGAUGCGGGCAGUCGGAGACCUCGAGUGUGCCUUCCGUUACUUCGCGGGGGAGAAGGAUUCCAUCGAGAUCGACACACUUGAGGCGGCCUUCCGGGAGAUCACCCCCAUCAGCUUUUCUGACGACGAGGUGAAGGACAUGAUCGGUCGGGUGGCUCAAGACGGAAGUCCUUACGGAAAGGCGUCUGUGCAUCUGAAGGAUUUCUGCGAGGUGGUUUGCAAGGCCACCUUCCCCAAUCGCCAGGUCUCUCCAGACAGCGGCGUCACAGGGACAGAGUCGGAGACAUGGGCUGCCCGGAACGCCACCAAGGAAAUCAGCACCCGCUUGACCAAACUACACAAGACAGUUUCCGGCCAAGGGCUUCAUCGCAACGUCAGCAAGAGUUCCAACGUGUCAGAGAUGCCGAUCCGCAUCGACAAGCACCUGGCUCCCCCGCUCGUGCAUUGA